UCUCCACUGAGCCAUCCAUCUUUGAGAGUAAUAGUGCAAAUAGACUUAUCUGAUCUGGCCAAUUUAAAAAAUCUCCAGAGGAAAAAUCUGUGGCACUGUAGUUACGACAUUUGCUGCUGUUAGUGUUUGGAGAAGCAGCAGGUGAACUGUAAAUAAGACCAUGAUGAGGCUGAGAAUGACUCUUGUUUUGAGCCUUGGUUUUCUUCUGGUCCAUGUUAAAGGUCAAGGUGAUUUUGAUUUAUCUGAUGCUCUUGAUCAUCCUGAGGAAACAAUUACCAAGAAGCCUCCACCGGCUACCAAAAGGCCAGUGUUUGAUGAUCAUCCAAAACCUCACCCACGUCCUCCUCACAAGCCGCAGCCGGGAAGCUAUGGCAAUGAUGGUGACCGCUUCAGUGACUUAGAUCUCAAUGAUGGGAAACCUCUACCCCCAAGGCCCGCAGGAGAAAAGGAGAGUAAUGUCAAUCAUGGUGGAAACACUGAUUCUGGAGUAAUUGCUGGAGUUACGUCACCUGUGAUUUCUGUGCUUGUGCUGUUAGUUGUUGGAUCAGUAGCUGGUUACACGGCUUACAAGAAGAAGCAACUCUGUUUUAAAGCUAAUGGUGGGACAACUGUGUAAGCUGGCAAGAGAGGAACUGCCCAGUGAUAAUGAAUAUUUUCUGCACAACACCGGACUACUUAUUGUUAAGAUGUACUUAAGUAAUAUAUGAAUGGGUAACAUAGUACAAUCUGAUGCAUAUUAUACAUAUGAAUGUAUAUUUUGGUUCAGAUGCUAACUCCGUGAGAAUUCCUCAAUUAUGUGCUAUAAUAUUUUUCUAAGGUUAAAGGUUUGUGUCUGAGCAUUGGGGUCACAGACUAUUCAGUGUUUUUUCUAUGCCUAUUUUUUUUAAUACUUUAGGUGAUGAGAAAAAAGGAACUUCCGCCUAUGUGUUGUAUUGAUGUUCUCUUGUAUAUUUGUAUUUUUUAUAAAGUUUGAGGCAAAUACUUGAAGUUUUGGAAAAAGUUUAAAGAUUUUACUUUCCUUUAUUUUAUACUUUACAUCUGAAUUCUGCUGAAUAGAAAAAUCUAGAGUUGAAAAAAGCAUUUUCAUCCUUCAUUUUUCAAAAAAUGACAAGGGAGAUGUACUGUGUACUGCAAAAUCACUGAUAGAAAGGAAGCCCCAAACCAUAUAUGAGGGGCACACAUUGAUUUUUAAGGAAAUGUGUUUAGCUCCACUUAAGUUCUGCAAAUCUUGCUUGAACCCUGCUUCUUUUCUAUGAAAUUUCUUAAUAUAGAAAGGGCUAGUUCCAGAAUCCAUUAGAGUCAAUGGGUGCCCUCGCAUUGUCUUUAAUGGGCUGAAUCAGCCCCAUAGGUACUGGUUUUCAGGAAAUUUGAAGACCCUGUAAUAGAAACUAAAUUGCGGUAGUUCUUUAAAUCAGUGAUGAUAAUCACCACAUUACUGGCCUUUUUUACAAAAACAGUCAGAAUUUUCUGGUGGAGGAAGGAAUCAAUUUGAUUACAGAUGUAGUAUGCAAGGAGAAUUCUUGUGGGUGGGAAACAUGAUGCUUUGAAUUCUAAGCCCCAUCUUGAGUCACAUAUAACCAAUCUGUUAAAUUUUAUCUUUUUGAUAUGUUUGUUGUUCUUAUGAUUUUAAUCAUGUAGUCUCUAUUCAUCUUUAAACUCAGCAUUUUCACCUUUAUUUUACAAAUGAACUACCAUAUAUACUCAUUCAUUAGCCUGUUCGUUUAUAAGCCGAUCCCCCAAGGUGGUUAGGUAAAAAUAGCAAAAACUGUAUGACCUGUUCAUAAGCUGACCCUAUAUUUCAGGGGUUGGCAAACUUUGGCUCCUGGCCUGUUAGGGUAAGCCGCUAGCGGGCCUAGAAGUUUUGUUUACUUGGAACGUCUGCAGACAUGGAACCGCUCAGCUCCCAGUGUCUGCGGUUUGCCGUUCCCAGCCAAUGGGAGCUGCGGGAAGCGCCAGCUCCCAGUGUCCGCAGUUUGCCAUUCCCAGCCAAUGGGAGCUGCGGGAUGCGCCACUUCCUGCAGCUC